GUGCUGGUUAAAGAACGCACAUCCCACGGUCUACGGAGUACUCUGACAAGUCAUCAUAGAAAAUAACCAAACUUUACAACUGAUAGGUUACAGAGGAUGUCCAGAGCUGACUGGUCCUUCCUGGAGCAGCUGUUGGAGGAGGGGCAGGGUUAUAGCACCGGGGUGGGCCGUGUCUGGCUCACUGUCCUCUUCCUGUUCCGCAUGCUGGUCCUGGGCACCGCCGCAGAGUCCGCCUGGGACGACGAACAAAACAGCUUCGUCUGCAACACCAAGCAACCUGGAUGUACCGCCGUGUGUUACGACAAAGCUUUCCCCAUAUCACAUUACCGCUAUUUUGUGCUCCAGGUGAUUUUUGUUUCCACGCCGACUAUUUUCUAUUUUGGGUAUGUGGCCUUGAGGGCUGCGAAGGAGGAGGAAGAUGAGGAGAAGAAGAGAACGGAGGAGGGUGGUGGUGGUGGUGAGGUACGAGAGAGGGGAGGAGUAAAGAAGAAUGAAGAGAAGAAGAGGGAGGUGAGAAAGGGGGAUGAGAUAGAAGAACUAGAGGAGGAGAAAGGAGGGAGGAAGGAGGUGAAAGCUCUCCCAGAGGCUCCUAAGCUGAAGGGCCGUCUCCUCUGUGCCUACGCUGCCAGCAUCCUCCUCAAGGUCCUCCUGGAGGUCGGCUUCAUCGUGGGGCUAUGGUACCUCUACGGCUUCGUGAUCCCGGCCCGGUUCGAGUGUGUCCGGGACCCCUGUCCUCACACGGUGGACUGCUUCGUCUCCAGACCCACGGAGAAGACCAUCUUCACCAUCUACACCCAGGCCAUCGCUGGAGUCUCUGUCCUUCUCAACAUAGCAGAGCUCCUCCACCUCCUCCAGCUGGCCAUCACCCAUCACCUGGAGAAGCGCUAUGCCCAGGAGCAGUACACCUUUCCUGGCAUAGCUAGGGUCUGAGUCCGGCCUGGUGCUCCAAGCCUGGAGAUGGAGAUGCAGCAAGCUUUGCCUUACCAGGAGAAGGGCCAUCUGCAUUUACCCAUGAGGGAGGCCAGCUACACCAAGCCCAGUGAGAGUUAUCUGGACCUGGGUGAGGCCAGCUAAACCAA